UUUCAUCUCAACAUGCCUUUUUGUCUAGUUUUUCCAGAAAAAAAAGUGGACAAGGAUGUGGUGUUUGAUUUAAUAUUAGAAAACAAGACUUUGGUUUCAUGUUUCACGAGUCUCCGUCGCAAGUUAUUAAUUUAUUUCAUCACAAUAGCCACCUUACUUAUCAACUAUUUAUGAAAAGCUGUCAUAUCUUGUCAGUUUUUUUUUAUUAAUUCAAGAAUGUUCCAGGGACGUCCAUGUUACUCGUCAAUUAUUUAUGAAAACCUGUCCACCUCGCUGGUCAUUCGUGCCUUCCCGUAACAAAUAACCUCUCUGUCAUGUCCCUUUUAUUAAUUCUCGAAUGUUCCUAAGACAUACUCAUUCUAAAAUAUUUUUUUCUGUUUACUCUCUUAAAUUUAACACCAGCUUACGAUGACGUGGAUUUGUUUGGACUAAGUUAUAUGUUAUGCUCAUAACAUGUUAACAUGUUGUGAGGGUGAAUUAAAGUUUUUUAUUUUUUUUUAUUAAUAUGGAAAUAUCAUUUUUCAAAAUUUUUAUAUAAAAUAAGUAAAAUUGAGUAACUCAAAAAGAAAGCUACUUCUUUCGUGCCCUUUUGUUUAGAUUCAUAUCAAACAACCUGCUCGAUUAUAUAUUUUGCUUUUAUUUAAAAAUAUGAACUUUCAUAGCAGCAAAAGUGCAGUUACAGGGAGGUUUUUAAAAAUAACGGUUCAGUGAGCUGGUUUUUUUAAAACCCUUUUUUAGAACUUGAACUAUUCACCGGGGUUUUAGAAAGAAUUUGUCCGUGGUAAAAAGUAAUAAAGAACUUUUUUUUUUCUUCUUUUUACUAUGCUUGUUUCCUUUUCGUCCGACAGAAAGGGUACUGAAUGAUGGACAUUGUUCACCCCAGUAGAAAAUGUCUCGUCGUUCAAACAGGUACUGGAUCUUGUUUGAUUGUGCGGAACACGGCGUUGGUGCGGCCUUGCCUACCCACGCAAACACUUCACAGCAGCAACAUGCGUGCCAGAUACACUGGAUUUGGCGUUCUGCAUGGAAUUGACUUGCCGUUCUCCAUCACACAAACACAGGCCGGGGGCAAGGUGUUCCGUUCUCAAAGCGAAGGAAAGUGGGAGAACGGGACAUCCAGUUCCCGGGCAUUCCGGGAACGAAAAUCAAACAUCCUCUGUCUUUGCCUCUCUAAAGAGUGUUUCACUGAAAGAUGAAACUUCUGUAAGUUUCACAUUGGUAAAGUAUUCUACCGUCAAAGUGAAAAUGACUUCGAAGGAACUAUUUUUCUUAUUUUGAGGUGAAGCUUGAAUGAGAAUGGAGAGCUCUGAAAGCUAGAGUGAAAUUUUAUCCAAGUAUAAACUUUUCCUGAAUCCAAUUGCACAGUGAAGUGUAUUUGCCACUGAAGGUCUGCCAACCUGAUCCAGUGGGUGCCUGUAAAUUGUGUUCAUGAUUUCAUCUUGACACCAUGCUGAGGUUGGGCUACUGUCUUCAUUGCAUCAAAAUCACAAGUGCAGUCAUGGGGAUUUCUGAAAGAAGACAAAAAGCGAACAGUGAAUUGGAUACAGAAGGAUGAUGGAUUCCUAGGCAUCAUCUUUCUAGUUCUAGUCCCAAUGAAUGAUCUAGUUUCCUCAAAUAAAGUGUCUCAAACACUUGGGUAUGUGGCCACCACUGUCAGCUUCCCACUGCUAGGUUCAAUUUCUCCAUGCCUGGUUUCAUAUGAAAUUGCUGUUUCUGGCAGGAAUCAGAGCUGCACAUUCCUCCAAACACUUCAUUGUAUCUUCUUCCAUUGGAAUUCUUCACUUCAGUUGAAACAUGUCCGUAGUUUGCAUCUCCUCUUCUGGCAAAAUUACUCAAGAUAAUGACACUGUGGAUCAGUGUUGUCAAAAUCGGAAGCGGAGUCGUAGUGGUCGGGCUGUUAACGUAGUGAAUUGGUCGAUUCAGGUCAGUUGAAUCGAUUAGGAAACUUCAAAAAGUACUGCCAUAUGGUCCUUGAUCCACAGUGAUCGGUGGAAGAUUCGUUGUUCACGAAAACCAGUUAAUCUCACUCAUUGCUUUAUUAAAGGUGAGCAGACUUUUUCGGAUUUAUAAGACGAGAAAACCGCGAUUAGAUUUAAGAUACUCAGCCACUUGUUCAAGUUGUGAAAUCUGGUAACAAUUUUUUUUAUCUUUACUUCUGACAUGUUUCUGCAAAAAGAGGGAUCGCUACUGUUGUGUGACGACAGAGAUUCGUCUGUUUCUGCGGCGCCAUGGGCGAAUCGGCGGUCCAUGCAACGCUAGUUCAGCCACAAUCUCUUCCUUUCCACAUUAAUGUUAUUAUGAAGUUGGUACUCUUUCCAUAUCUAGGAAUUGAAAGGAAAGGGAACGACCGCCUUCAUUUUUGAGAACCACUGUUUAUUUCUCUCCACUGUUUUAUUUGUGGUUUCUUCAAGGCCUGUUCUGUCUCUCUCUCUCUCUCUCUGCUUGCCUUGUACACCGGUCCCUAUCAUUUGAGCAAGAAGAGUGAGGUCAUCUCCAUCUCUUCCUUCCUUUUCAACGGUUUCAAUUGGUGGAAGUUGUUCUCUCUGUCUCUCUCUCGAAGACGGAAACUGAGUAUCGCAGGGUAUCGGCGCAUCCCCAUGGUUCGUGAUACAGAAAGGAUAAUAGGAAACAUCGACUUUGAUAUCUUUUAACUUCUCCUGCAUCUUUGGAGAGGAAGAUCUAGCGAGAGAAAGAGAGGGAGGGCAUUCAUAUAUUUACUGUGAAUGGAUGAGGAGAGUCUCAUCCCGUUCCUCAAUAGUCCUAGGAGGAGAAACAACGUUCCGUCGCCCUCCUCCCUCUGCGUCCUUCCCGAGAACGACGAGGCCGUCCUUCCACCGCUCCGCCCUCCCUCUCUCAAGGAACUCCUCAUCUUCGGCCCAGCUGUUCUUAACUCUGAAGAAUCUGCCGAAGACGAGUCUUCUUCAUCUUCCAACACCAUCACCAUUCCCCCUUCUUCCUCUUGCUCUAUACCACCGCCACCGCCUCUGCCGCCACCACCAGCACCGCUAUCACGGUUUUCGAGGCCCACCCACUACCGCCAACAACAGCAGCAGCAGCAGCAGCAGCAGAACCAGCACCAGCACCAGCACCAGCACCAGCAGCAGCACCACCCCCGAUCUAACCUCCACCGCUCGCGGACUGCCCCCGCCAUCUCCGUCAUCGGAAACGCGAGCGACCCACAUGCUGCUGCGAUCCAAAUGCCCCAAUCCUCCGUCGUCCGGCAGGCCGUCAUUCUACUUAUCAUCUACCUCGCUCUGGGCGUUCUCGUCUUUUUCUUCAAUCGGCAUCAUUUUUCCGGCGAGGACACCAACCCUUUGAUCGAUGCCCUUUACUUCUGCGUCGUCACCAUGUGCACCAUCGGUUACGGUGACAUCACCCCUUCCUCCCCCUCCGCGAAGAUCUUCUCUAUCAUGUUCGUCCUCGUUGGCUUCGGAUUCGUUGACAUCCUUCUCUCCGGCAUGGUCAAUUAUGUGCUUGAUCUCCAGGAGAGCCUCCUUCUGAGCUCUGCGAUCAAGGGUGAGGCCGCUCGCAACUACAUUAUUGACGUCAAGAAGGGAAGGAUGAGGAUCAGAAUGAAGAUUGGCUUGGCCCUCGGGGUCGUCAUCCUCUGUAUCGGCGUCGGCAUCGUCUUCUUGCGGUGUGUUGAGAAAUUGGGUUGGCUGGAUUCGUUCUACCUCUCUGUGAUGUCUGUUACCACCGUGGGCUACGGUGAUCAGGCGUUCAAGACGCUGCCUGGCCGGAUUUUUGCGUCUGUGUGGUUAUUGGUGUCGACGUUGGCCGUGGCUCGGGCGUUCCUCUACUUGACAGAGUGGAGGAUCGAUCGGAGGCACCGAAGGAUAGCGAAGUGGGUGUUGCAUAGGGACAUGACUGUCCUUGAUCUGAUCGCGGCUGAUAUUGACAAUAAUGGCUUUGUCAGCAAAUCUGAAUUUGUCAUAUACAAGUUGAAAGAGAUGGGCAAAAUUGGAGAAAAAGACAUUCUGCAGAUCUGCAACCAGUUCAAUCGUCUAGACACAGGUAAAUGUGGCAAGAUAACUCUAUCCGAUCUCAUGGAAAGCCGUCACUGAUCUUCUUGCUCCUGCUUGGCCAAAGAUCCUGCACCAAUAUGCUGCGAGAAGGCUAGAUUGUAGCGAAGCCUCCUUGUAUAGCGUGGUUGCAAUGUAUAUUCUAUCUUCAAUCGAGCUACAUGCGAUAUGUGAAAAAGUGUUCUCAGGAUCAAUUGAUCUUAUAGUGACAAGAAAGCAAUACAAAGGCAUUACUUUCUCAUGUCA